AUGAAAUAUUACAAAGUUAAAUGGGAUGAAGUACCAUUAUUGGAAGAGAUUAGUGCUAAGGAAUAAAAAUAGCUUAACCAGAGAAAUAAAUUCCAUAACUUUCCAACUAAUUAAUGGUUAAAGAAAAGAUCUGAACAUGCUAAGCCAGAAUACCUAUAUUAUCCAGAAGAGAGAAGAUUGUAAAUAGAACUUAAAUAAAUUUUUAAGGUAAAUUACUAAUCUUGAAGUUAGACUUUAGAUUGCAAAAAUUAAGGUGUUUUAACUUUAUCUCAUAUAUUCUUUUUAUUCAAACACUUUGGAUUUAAUGUUAAUAGCAACGAUUUGCAAAAAAUAUAUCAGUAUAUUGAUUAAGAUUAGGAUUAAGCUUUAUCUUUAGAUGAAUUCAAAGGAUUAGCAGAGAAUCCUAAUGCUUUAAUGGCAUUUAGAAAUAUGAUGACAAAGAUUCAAAAAACAAUGGAAUAUAAUGAUAAAUAUAUUCCAUUUUCAGUUGGAGCAAUGUUAAAUCAUUUGAGUUACUUAGUUAAAAGGGAAAAGUAGCUAAAAGUAAUUAUGUCUGAAAAAAGCAUUUAAGCUAAAUUCUUUGCAUUUCGUUAACUUAUUUAAGAAACUGAAAAAAAAACAAUAGCUGAUGAAGCAUUUCAACUUUAUCUUUAGGCAUAAGCUGAAUUAAAUAAAACAAUUAAAAGAUAAAAUUCAGUCGAUGUAAAAAUAAAAUUAAGAAAAUCAUUUUCUACUAUAAAUGGAUUAUAACCAUUAAUAUUUCGAAAUAUGUUGAUGAAAGAUGCAGAUGAGUUAUAAGAAUUAGCUAGAUUAAUAAGAAUGUAGAGUAAGGUUUAAAUAGAUUCUUUUGGUAAUGUUAGUGAAGCAUUAGAUGAAAGUUCAUUGUCUAAUAUUGAAUAAAGUGAACUAGAUUAAGUUAUUUUAAAGGCUUAGCAAUAGGGUAAAGCUUAGGCUAAGAAAGAAAUUUAAGCGAUGUUGAUGAAUCAAAAUGAACAUCUUAAAUUAAAUUUUAUGCAUAAAAAAACAUUGAGUCUUACAAAAGCAGAUUUUACACCAUUAAAAGUUAAUAUUAAUAAAUGUCAUUCGACAAAAAACAAAAGUUUGUUAGAGAGAGAAUUAAAAUUAUAAAGAAUAAUAAGUUCUGAGGAUUUAACGAGUUUUAAUUUUCUUUCAUCAUCGAGAUCAAAUAAAAAUUAAUUGUCUACUUAGGAAUAAUCUACAUAUGAAAAUCAAGGAGGUUGGUCAAAUAGGAUUCUAUCUUUAAAAUUACCUACUUUACAAUGA